CCCAAUUUCUGCCGUGCAGCCUCACGCUAGUGUGCAAGAUGGAGUCAGUGAAUAAAGCGGGACAUUUGAUGAGUCUGGCUGCUUUGCAGCACUACGACCCUUAUAUCAACAAGCUCCUGGACGUUACCGGACAGGUAGCGCUGUACAAGUUCAACUCGAAAGCAAACGAGUGGGAAAAAACUGACAUUGAAGGCACCUUAUUUGUUUAUGCCAGGUCAGCAUCACCCCAUCAUGGGUUCACCAUUAUGAACCGUUUGAGCACAGAGAACUUGGUGGAGCCAAUCAAUAAAGACCUGGAGUUUCAGCUUCAGGACCCUUUCCUGCUUUACAGGAACGCAAGCCUGGGCAUCUACAGUAUCUGGUUCUAUGACAAGGCUGACUGCCAGCGCAUAGCACAGCUAAUGGUACAAAUAGUAAAGCAAGAGGCACUGAGAGCGCAGCAGGCGUCUCCAGAUCGAGGCAGAACAAAUGGUUGUGUGGAGACCAGACCAAUGGAUAUACUAGAACUGCUCAGCAAAGCCAAGGAGGAGUACCACAGGAGUCAGUCUAAUGAGACAGAUCUGCAGGCAAACACGGAUGUUGCUCAGACUCCAGACCCAAUUAAAGCAGAGACCACAAAGCCCACAGUUGCUGCUGCUCAGCAGGAGAAGCCCACCCACAGUGUGGUAAAGCAGAUCACAGUCGAGGAGCUAUUUGGCAGCUCUUUACCUAAAGACCCAGCACCUUCAGCUCCACCUGCCCACAACCCUUCUGACCCCACACCCGGCGAGAGCUUCCUUCGUGGGCUAACGUACGCCCCUCCUCCCCUCCCAUUGGAGCCUCUUCUCACUCCUCGUCUCACUGCGGACCCUGGAGGUCCAGGCCUGGUACCUCUCCUCCAGGCUGGAGGUUCCAGGGAUCCCAAGCACUCCGUUUCCCCAAGACUGAUGGCACAGAGUGGGGCUGAGAACGUUCCAGUACUCGCAGGACCCAGAGGUCAGACUGGUCCACAAGCUGCACCUCAGUACAUUAACACACACAAAGGUGACGGGCAUGGAAUUCCCAAGCCAGCUACAGUGUCUGACUUUAUGCCCAGCACACUGGUCACACCACAGAGCUUCAGAGAGCCAACACCCAAAGCUCCACCUGUGUUCACCAGCAAGAGCACAGCAUCUGCACAGAAUAAAGAAGCAGAUACUUUUGCACAGCCUCAGGCCCAGAGUCUUGUUAAACCCAUUCCAGCAAUGAAGGCAGGGCUAGUAGUGCCAGGGGAGGAGCCCUCUUUGCUGCUUUCUCCCAGUGCAUUCCAGCAGUCCACUACAAAGGUCACUGAGCUUCAGAGAAAUCCUGCCCCUCCACCAUCACCACCAAACACACUGGGGAGUGGAGACUUGCCGUCAGCAUUGUACAACAAGACGCAGCUACAAGACGUUCUGAUACAUUUGAUAAAGAACGAUGCUCGCUUCCUCGCUGCAAUCCACGAGGCGUACUUGCAGAGCCUCUCCAAAGACCUCAACAAUGUAAAGCUAUAGCCACCAACCCAGAACUCCAGGACUGUCAUCAGACUCCUAGACUCUGUUCAGGAGCCCUGACUCUCUGCUUAUAAGGCAAAUGGAAGCUAGACUGCAUUUAGGACAGAAAAUUCCAGUAUUAUUGGGCUAGCCGCACUGGGUCCCUUGCUGUAUCGUAGUCACAGAGUGACUUGUUUAAAGGCACACACCACUGCUUUCUGUCAGCACUGCUAUGAAAGCAGUCAGUCCUUGGGAUGAUUGUUGCAUAACCAUGGUGACUUCUUUGGUUGCCCCGCCUCUGAGCCACAACGAUUGGUCACCACUUAUGAUAUGCAAAUGCAGUUUCCGCUGAUCUAAAUUGUGAGGUGACAACCUCACUUAUGUUUUUUGUCCUCUUUUACCAGCAUCAUCGUGUCAUGUCCUCUUAGUCUUUAUGGUUAGUUUCUCUUUGUCUUUUUCAACUCUCGUUUCCAUGUCCAUCAUUCAGUCUCCUGCAUUGGCCCUUUCUGUCUCAUCCCUGGUCAUGAAGGCGUGUGCAAUACUGGCAACUCUGGGAGUUGCGCUGUGAGGGUAAUCAUGGGUCAUAUCACAAUUGCUUCAGAUCACAAUUGCUGACCUAUGGUCAGUUUUUUGCCUUUUAUAUUGUAAUGAUAUUGUAGUGCAGCUAAUUGGGAUGGAGAGUGACCCUAAACCUGCACUUUUACUUGAAGUGAUAUGGGCCCAAACAUAGAUAUGGUAACAGUACAACUUGAAAGGUUUUGCAGUAUUAUGUACUGCAAUUAGCUUUAUUGGUUAUUUCCACUGGACAACAGUACAACACACCAUUAUAUAACAUGAGUAUAAGUGAAAAUUCAUUUGAUUCUAUAAAUUGUGCACCUUGUUGUACGUCGGUAAUCUAUGAUUAUAUGGGUCCUCAAAAUCAUUUCAACUAAACUGCUAGCUAAAAUCAGCAUGUAGUUUAGCAGUUGCUUUACUAAAUGAAUAGAUUAAUAGCUGCAUGUACAAGGUUGUGUCUGGAAAUAUAAAUAAUUUUUAAAGCACAUAUACAACGUAUCUGAAUAAGUAUCAUGGAUUUACAGCCUGAAUAAUGAAUUAUUCAAGAUACAGUGAACAUCAUCUGCAGCUGGAUAUCAUAUAAGCAUUCUGGUGUGACUUUUUCUAUGGUAAAGUGCCAUGUCAAAUGCCUCCACUAUGUGGUGCAUAUCAUUAUGGGUUGCUAAAUCUAGAUAUCAUUUCUGCGUUUUGUGUCUAGACACACAGAGCCUGAGACAAUUUAAGGAAGGCUAUAAACGUAACAGUAAUAUAUAAAUUAUUUUUCUGCAUGCAUGAUGCUGCCAAUGGAUUCAUCUUCCUUGCUUUAUUUUUAACUAAAUUCAGAACCACACUUUACUAUUUGGAAAAUGCAAUGCAUAAGAUUUGUUUUAUGGAAAUGCCACUAGCGAGUCUAUGAGCAGCUUUAAAGCUCCAGUUAUUGUGGAGACUUGUAGCUGUUUCACCACCUACAUUUAUUUUUUUAUUUGAAGUGCUACAAUUAUAUGAAAUGCACUGAUACAGCAGUGGUCGGUCUUUUGCUUUCUGUUGUUAGCCAUACUGUCACAACACGUAAAUUUUGCCCUUUCCUAUACAUUUUUCUUUUUAGUCAUUUUUCUUCUUUUUGGGCAGUUUACAAGCAGUAUCUUAUAACAGCAUAAACAUAGAUUUGCUAAAUAUGAGGGUAAAUGCUAUGCUAUGUCCCCAUGCAGAGUUUAGAAAGGAUGUUUACCAUGAUGGGUCUGUCAGCCUAAUUUAAUGCUAAAUAAAACAUACAUCCCCAGA